UCAGCUAAAUAAUUUCCAAAAUUUUCCUUAUAGGAAUAAUUAGGAACCACCUAAAUUAUGUCACCGAAAUUUCUCUUAUUAAUAGGCAUUAUAUUAUUGGUGGGUUAUGUAAAUUCGCAAGAAGAGGAACCUGCUGAGGGUUCCCUUGAAUCAGAUGACGAAGCCGGAUCAGGAGAUACAGAAGAAUCGUCGGAAAGCGACGAAGAAAGUGAAGAGAGUGAUUCUUCCGAAGAAGAUAAUUAUGAAGGCGAAAAUUCUGUAAUACCUGUCCAAAAUCGAGUAAGCUAUCCCGGUAUCAUUCCGAUUUUGGGAGCUGGGGGUACAGUCUUAGAAGCUUUUGUAUCCUUCUUAAUUGGAAAAGGCUCGUUCGAUGACGUGAAAUGCAGCCUAGAAGGCGUCAUGAUGCAGGUAUCGCGUAUGGUCAGCGUAUCCGGAGCAGUCGGGCUGAUACCUUUAUGGGGUUACGUUCUGCAGCCUUUGGUGGAAGCGCUAGCAAGGAUUCUAAAGGAAAUUCCCUUUUUGGGACCUGUUUUAUCGUUCUUGUUAGUUGGGGUUACUUUGUAAAGGGAAUAAAAUAGAAUCUGCCAAUACAUAAAAAUGUGUAGAUACGAG